UAAAAUUCCCUUUGUGGGCUCCCUUGUGUCAUACAAUUUUUAAUGACUGAAAAAAUAUGCAAGGAGGUCGCAACAUAAGGCCUAUAUAAACACCUUCAACUUAGUCUGUCAAAUCCCCCCCCUCUCCUUCAGCCUCGUUAACACAGUAGGACAUCAAAAGCCUUUGAAACGUUUCGUUUGGCUCCACCAUGGCUAGACCACAACAACGCUUCCGUGGCGUCCGUCAAAGGCAGUGGGGCUCUUGGGUCUCCGAAAUCCGCCACCCUCUACUGAAGACUAGAAUAUGGCUGGGCACAUUCGAAACGGCGGAAGAUGCGGCAAAAGCAUACGAUGAAGCGGCAAGAUUGAUGUGUGGGCCACAAGCACGAACAAAUUUUCCAUACAAUCCAAACGACUCACAAUCUUCAUCAUCAAAGCUUCUCUCAGCAACUUUGGUAGCUAAAUUACAUAAAUGUCACAUGGCAUCCCUCCAACUGAACAAAAAAAACCUGAAAAAAGAGCAACACCAUCAGCCAGAACAUGCACCAUUAGCCGGAAAAACCAUCGACACCAGCCCCGAAUGGCCGGAGACGAACUGGGGUGGCGCCGGAGAAGCCCACAUGAAUCAAAGUUCUCAACUUGAAGAAGAUCACAUAGAACAAAUGAUACAAGAGUUGCUUGACCAUGGAUCCAUUGAACUAUGUUGCAGUGACAAUUCAACAUAAAAACAAAAAGAAGGUUGUACCAGUAUUGAAUAGCUAAUGCUGAGUUUUUCUUGUUUUGGUUUGAAGUGGGGAAAGAACCCAUGGAUAGAUAGAAAAUGAUAAACGUUAAUGUAAAUAUGAAAGCUGAUUUAGCCGA